GAUCCCAAGUCUUGGUUUUCCCUCCCGUGGCCCUCCCUCUGGCCCUCUGGCCCUCCAAGCGCCGUAGCGGAGAACCCGCUAAAAACGGGCGUGGACGAUACCUCGUGGCCGCCGGACGAGCCAAACAUAGGCUGUUCCCCUUCCUUCCAAACGAGGGAUCGCCGCGCCAAAGAUCAUGAGUCCCUCGUUUCUGCAGGCAUGGGUAACCUGAUCCGUCCGAAGAUUGACUCUAAUCUCCUCGAGACAUGCGAUCCAGGGCAGACAUGAGAUACAUACGAGUAUAUAUCAGAUGCACAUACGGAUACUUCUCUACAUAUUCAAAGAUGGAUGCCAAGCUCGAUGUCUUUGGACGCCGACAAUUCGCAUGGACGAAGAGAUGGCCGCAUCCGUGUCCUUUUCACCCGCUCAGCGCUUCCGGCUUCUUACACAGAGAUCGUCGGUUGCGUACAUACCCCCAGGGCUACGUACCGCCGUCGUAGUAUAAACUCGCUGAACAUCGCCCGGUGUCUCAGUAAGUUAGUGUGCCAGCGAAGGGGGGGGGGGGGGGGGGGGGGGGGGGGGGGGAGUGACUGAGGGCAGAGACAGGUCGCACACCCUCUUCAACUACCGACAGACGUCAUCGCGAAGCACUACUGCCCCUUCGUCAGGGUCAUCCUAGUCGAGAGAGGGUCAGGAGAGCAUUUCUGGCUAAGAGGUCAGAGUAGGUCUGGACCUCCAGGGUCCAAGCACUACGUUGCUUAUUUCGAUGAAAGGAAAUCAUUCUCUCCUCUUCACACAUCUGCUCUCGGUCUUUUUCAUAAAGUAGUUGUGCCAAGGCUGAAGGUUGGGAAUGCCCUCGUCCCGCACCCGCCGCCAGCCUCCGCCAUGAACGACGCCGACCUGGGCGACAACAUCGAAGAGCGCAUCGGCCAGCUCGAGCAGUCCAAAGAGCGCCGUGACAAGCGCUUCGCCAACGAUGUCGCCCACCUCGACCCGAGCCGCUGGUGGUUCGCCUCCUCCGCCUUCCCCAUGAUCGCCGGCACUCUCGGCCCCGUCGCCUCGGCCUUUUCCAUCUGCGCCCUCGUCCGCCCGUGGCGCCAGCGCUUCCCGCCGGGCACCGACAUCGCCGCCGCCCCCUUUGUCGAGGAUCCGGAGUGGCUCAUCAUCAUCAACGCCAUCCAGCUCGCCAUAGCAAUCAUCUCCAACAUCUUCCUCCUUCUCAACAUGGCCCGCCGCGUGCGCUUCUCCCUCGCCCAGCCCGUCACCAUCGUCGGUUGGUACCUCUCGGCCGUCUGCCUCGUCACCCUCAACGCCACCGCCGCCGGGCCCCUCGCCCUCGAGCCCGCAGACGAGCACAUCCUCUCCCAGGCCUUCUUCUACGGCAUGUUCGCCGCCAUCCUCUACUUCGUCACCGCCUCCCUCAUGGUCGUCACCGUCUACGGCGCCCACGCCCGCCACUACGCCGAGGACUUUCAGCUCACCACCGCCCAGCGCACCCUCAUGCUGCAGACCAUCCUCUUCCUCCUCUACCUCCUCCUCGGCGCCCUCGUCUUCUCCACUAUCGAGGGUUGGACCUACCUUGACGCCGUCUAUUGGGCCGACGUCACCCUCUUCACCGUCGGUUUCGGCGACUAUGCCGCCGCCUCCCCGCUCGGCCGCGCCCUGCUCAUCCCCUACGCUCUCAUCGGCGUCAUCAGCCUCGGUCUCGUCAUUGGCUCCAUCCGCACCCUCGUCCUCGAGCGCGGCCGCCGCCGCCUCGACGCCCGCAUGGUCGAGAAGAAGCGCCGCCAUCUCAUCCAGAGCAUGACCCGCAAGGGCGACGACGAGAUCCUCAAGCCCAUUCAUGGGGAAUCCGAGGCCGCUUCUUCCGCGUCUCCAACAAGCCCGUCUUCGUCUCCCGCCACCGAGCUCGAGCGCCGCGAGAGGGAGUUCGACCUCAUGCGUAAGAUUCAGAACCAGGCCUCCAUCCGCCGCCGCUGGAUGGCCAUGUCCGUCUCCUUCUCCUCCUGGCUCGUCCUCUGGCUUGUCGGCGCAAAGGUCUUCCAGGAGUGCGAGCGGCCCUACCAGAACUGGUCCUACUUUGACGGCUUCUACUUCGCCUUCGUCACCCUGACCACCAUCGGCUACGGCGACCGCACCCCGGUCUCCAACGCCGGCAAGGCCUUCUUCGUCUUCUGGUCCCUGCUGGCCCUGCCGACCAUGACCGUCAUGAUCUCCAACGCCGGCGACACCGUCGUCAAGGCCGUCCGCGACGCCACCCUUGAGCUGGGCAAUAUCACGAUCCUACCAGGCGAGCGCGGCUUUCAUAAGGAUCUCAUGUCCUUCCUCCACCGCUUCACCUGCGGCUUCCUCUUUCACCCUUCCGACAAGAACUCGGACUUGGACUCGGAGCGCGAAGAGGAGGAGGAGGAAGAGAAUGAAGAAUACAACGACGACGACGAUGUAGAGCUCCCGCCUGGCUUCCUCUCCAACGCUCACCACCUACGUCAGUCACGCCCUGAAGAAGACGGUGACACCGACGAGACGGAAGCAUACAACACCCAGGACCAGGACCGCAAACACUCCUCCGGUCCCCUACUACAGACCAUCCAGCAGCAAUCGUCAUCAUCGUCAGACCCCGCCGCCAGCCGAGAGAAACAACCCAGUCAGCAGCAACAGCAACAGCAGCAGCAGCGGCAGCGACGCCGUCGCCCCUGGACCUCGUCCCGCACCCGCUCUCCCGCCACCGCCCUCCCCUCCUCCCGCGCAGACUUUCACUUCCUCCUCAUCUCCGAGAUCGCCGCCGUCCGGCAGCACGCCAAAGAAAAGCCCGCGCGGCGGUACACCUUUGCCGAGUGGGCGUGGUACCUGAAGCUCAUCGGCGAGGACGAGUCCAGCUCCGCGACGCACCGCAAGGCGCGCCCGCACAUCCACUCCAAGAAGAAGAAGAUGGAGAACGGCAAGAGGAGCAAGGAGACCCGGGAAGGCGUCGUCGUCGUCGACAACGAGGAAGGCGAGUGCCCCGACGAGGACAAGUGGUCCUGGGUCGGGUCGCAGUCGCCGCUGAUGGGCAGCCAGGAGGAGUGCGAGUGGAUACUGGAGAAGCUCAUGGACAAGCUGCGGGACGAGCUUGAUGUCGUACGCGGCGAGGAGGCUCGAGAGGGGGAGCACGACGGACAGGGAAACCGGUCUGGGUGACGACGACGAGACGGAAGGGGAGGGCGGGAUGAGGUCCGGAUGCAUUUCAGCGAGUGAUAGAUACCCCCCCCUGGGCAUGUUCUGGCGCACUUUGGUUCGCGUACCUAUCGUACAUUUCGUCACAUUUCUUCUGUCACAUACUGCAAACAUUUUACAAGACACCAUGUAUGGAUAGCUGCUUGUUUCACAAGGUACACAUUCGGGUGGCACCACACGUCACAUCAGGUUCCACACAAGCGCUUACGUUUACGUCAUGACAACACCUUCAUACCUCUCACCGUGAUCGUGAAGAAAGGGAGGGGAGGGGGGGUAUCAGUUAUCAUUAGGCUUUAUCCAUCCCAGGGCACAAUAGCCAGGCCGCUCGCUCCCCAGUUCCUCGGGCGUGUCCCAUCGUGGGCGGCCUCCAGCGUACAACAUAACACAUGAUGUGUACAGUAAGCGCGCUACAUAUAAACACGUAUCCUUUACCCUUCAGCAAAACAGCAUACUCGUAACAAUGUUCGCCAAACGCUCGAAGAGGACAGGGACAAACACACACACUCAUACACACACACACACGCGCGCGGGCGGGCGGGCGUACCUUAUAUCGUAACAAUGCACGCUCCUCACCCGUGAUGUGUGUCAAGCAAUAGAGGCGCUUCCGAGAGAUACACGCGCAUCACGAAAACCCCCACCUCUUGUCUCCAAACCCAGACAGCAGGUCCACGACGGUGACAACCACUCCGACCCCCAACACCAGCGUCUGCACGGCCACGGCAGCGACGACGCUCUCGACAAAUUCUGCCAGGCU